CCAUCAGUGCCAGUCAGUGCCACCUACCGUUCCCAGCAGUGCCCCCACCUGUGCCCAGCAGUGCCCCCACCUGUGCCCAGCAGUGCACCCACCUGUGCCACUCUGCAGUGCCACCUACCUGUGCCCAGAAGUGCCACCUACAUGUGCCAGCAGCAGUGCCACCCACCUGUGCCCACCAGUGCCACCCACCUGUGCCCACCAGUGCCACCCACCUGUGCCCACCCACCAGUGCCAUCCACCAGUGCAGCCCAGCAGUGCUGCCAGUCAGUGCCACCAGUCAGUGCCCAGGGGUUGUGCCAGUCAGUGCCGCCAGUCAGU